UACACUCAAACAUUCAGUCCCCUUCUCUUAUUUCGGUUAAAUAAAUACAAUGUCUCUCUCUCCGUCGCUUCAGAUUUGGAACUUCCGGCUGAGCUAUGGGCUUCAGCUAGAUGAGUGAAGUGAUUAUACAAGUGACUUCUGAUGCUAAAUUCAUCCAAAGAUUUAGCUGAAACUAUGAUCGCCGGGGUGGCUGGCCCUUCUGGUCAAUGGAUCCAGCAAGAAUCAUCUCAGCCACUUAUCUUGAGUGAUGGCAUAUCUUUAAACAAUAAUGUAAAUAACCAUAUACCUGUACAGACUAGUGAGGUAUUUUCUAUGGAAUUUCUUCAGGAUCCUUCUUCCAGAAUAGUUCCUACUGUGUCUGGCUUUACUGAGAAGCAUGAUAAGAGAGCUGGACCUCAAAGUAAGCUAAUCCAACAUCCGGGUUAUGAAGAGCUCACAAGGCUACUUGGGUUGACAAGAAUGGAUUCUGAAUGUGCUUCUGACAUAACUGAAUUUGCUUCUGCAAGAGGGUCUAUCACAGAAAUUGAAAAUGGGGUUUUUGUGGAGAAUGAGCAUACAUAUAAUCAGAAAGUUAGCUCUUGUGGGCAUGUCGCUGGGGGAGCUACUACAGAGUUAUGCUAUGAUCAAGCUACUUCAGGGCCAACUGCUCCACCCUCGUCUAAAUCUGAAUCUUCACAGUCACUAAAAUCUUCUGGAUUAGGAAAUUCAGAUUGUUCCCAGACAGGAAAAAUAAAAUUCCUAUGCAGUUUUGGUGGUAGAAUAUUGCCUCGACCCAGUGAUGGAAAACUUAGAUACGUUGGUGGUGAUACACGUAUCAUUUCCAUUCGGAGGAAUAUUUCAUGGGAAGAACUUAUGAAGAAAACAUUGGCCAUCUGUAAUCAGCCUCACACUUUCAAAUACCAGCUUCCAGGAGAGGAUCUUGACGCCCUUAUAUCCGUCUCUUCUGACGAAGAUCUUCAGAAUAUGAUAGAGGAAUAUUAUGGCCUCGAGAAGCUUGGGGGCUCCCAAAGGCUUCGAAUAUUUUUGGUUCCUUUGACUGAAUCUGAAAACUCAUGCCCUGUAGAUGCUGCUGUUGUUCAACCAAGUGAUCCUGAUUAUCUAUAUGUUGCUGCUGUUAAUGGCGUUGUUCGGAUGGAUUCUUCCGCUCAGGAGAAUUAUCAUGAGCAGUGUGUAGGCGAUGAAGUCCGCAAGGUGAUACUUAAAGUAGACCGUGGUAAUGGUCUUUAUGUCCCACCUCCUGCUCAAUUGAUUGGUGAAUCUCAGAACCAGGUUAGGCUUCCCACUCAAUCUACUCCUUUUUCUCCUGUGCUUGUUCAACAGGGAGAUUACAAGAACGACCCAGGGAACACAUACAAGAACCAGUCGCCACAUGGUAGUAUUGAAUGUCCGGUGUCGUUUAGCAGCACCCAAUCAUUACCUGAAAACCCGAGUGGAUGCAUUAAUGUUGGUUAUUAUGCCCCACAGGUAAACCUGAUGAAUUUGCAGAGUCCUAACAAAAAAGAUGAUAUUGCCCUGCCAAGCCAAUCUAGUGAAUUGAUUUCACAUCACCAUGGUCUCAACAGAGACUUUGUUGCUCCAACACUGGAACAAUGUGAUGCCAGCUUUCAACAGUACUCUUUUGAAAGAACAGAACCCAAGGAAAGGACGGUUCUCUCUGAAAAGCCGAAUGAUGAAAUGGAUCUAUUGCUGGGAUACACUUCAACCGUUACUCAAAAUGGAAUUCCUCAUGCCUUUUCGGAUUCAAAACUUCAGGAACAUGGAAAAAGAUCAGCUUACUGCUCACAAGAGGGAAUAAGCUCAUUUUCCUCUUUGAACUUUGCACCAGCUCAGUUAUCUUCACAUGGAGUGUCUGCUGCUCAGCAAGAGAACCUAGGGUCUCUGCAUCAGAAUACAUACCCAGUCAGUUCUCAGCCUCAUAUUAGGGUAUUUAAUGGGGAAUUAACUGUGGCCAAUGGCAUGGUGCCAGAGUUGCCUUUCGACUCAAAUUCAGUGAGUAGAUGUGGACCCGUGCAAAGAAAUGUUAAUGGUACUGACAGUAGAUGCAACCCAGCUGAAGCAGAUUUGGAAAAUUACCAUCCCGUUUUGAAAAGCUGUAUGGACAACAAUACAAGUUGUGAAAUGGUGAAUGCAUGUGAUGUCAAUAACGCAAUUUUAUGUCAUGAUGGUAAAUCACCUGAUAACAAGUCAUCCAGAACAGCUGUGGUUUUGAGGAAAAAAAUGCCUGACGUAAACUCUGUUAUGCUGUCUAAUAAUGGAGGUGAUAUACCGGGUGAAGAAUCACAAAAUUUUGACAUGAAUUUUCUUGCAUCGGCACCUUUAAUUAGUACAGUAAAUGAGCGGUCCCAAAGAAAUCAAUUUGAGAAUGCCUCAGCGGGGAUAAAAAAGGAUGAAACUGAGAACAAUAUAUCCCGGGUCAAGAGCUCUGAAGUUGCUGGGAGGUUUUCAAAUUCUGAGACACAGUCUCAUGGUGCAGAAACUCUGACUGAUCUACUUCCUGAGUUGUCUGAUGGUCAAAAUUCCUAUCAUUUCCCCAUGCCAGCAGUUGUUGCAUGUCCUCAAGAUACUUUUGCCAAAGAACCAUUGCUAAUAUUCUCCAAGGAAUUGUCAUCAUCAUCAGUUGGUUGUGAUGGAGGCCAGUUGAUGUCCUCGCAUUACUCAGCUUUCAGGCAAAACCCAACCAAGGAUGCUGUUUUUAGGAGAGAAGUUUCUCUAAUUGAUGAAGAAUUUACCAAUUACAGUGGGCAGAGAGUUGUGACUUCUGGCAUUGGUGAAUUUUCUAAUGAAAAGCAAAAGAUAGAAGAUGCCCAAGUUAGUAAGAGUAUCAAAGAAAGUCAGCAGGAUCCGAAGGCAAAUGGAAGAGAUAUUAGAUCACCCAGUGAUGGCCUAUAUACUGCAAAUCUGCUAGGUUUGGACACCAUUGGUGGUGAAGUCAUAUCUUCCAGUGCAACAGACGGGGUGGCAUUUCCCCAUGACUUGGGGUUGGAGGAUGCCAACCCCAGCGAUGGAGAUAAAGAUAAUUUAAUCACUGAUGCUAUGAUGGCUGAACUGGAAGCUGAUUUGUAUGGUUUGCAGGUAAAGGAUCAUUUCCUUUCGUAUUUUAAACCUUGUGGGAAUUGCUCAUGAUAACAUCUUCAUUUC